GGCGCGGCAGCUGUGGGCGCGGAGCUUCGCGGCGAGCGCGGCCGCCGACCGGGAGCGGGAGCCGGGAGCCAGAGCAGAGCACCGCGCCGCCGCCGCCGCCCGCCCGCCCGCAGCCUCUUAACAAAGGCUCCCGCCGCCGCCGCCAUGAAGCCAGGGCCACCGCACCGCGCCGGGGCCGCCCACGGGGCAGGAGCCGGGACAGGGGCCGCGGCCGGGCCCGGGGCCCGAGGGCUGCUGCUGCCGCCGCUGUUGCUGCUACUGCUGGCGGGGCGAGCCGCGGGGACUCAGCGCUGGCGCAGUGAGAACUUCGAGAGGCCUGUGGACCUUGAGGGCUCCGGGGAUGACGACUCCUUCCCCGACGAUGAACUGGAUGACCUCUACUCAGGGUCGGGCUCGGGCUACUUCGAGCAGGAGUCGGGCAUUGAGACAGUCAUGCGGUUCAGCCCGGACAUGGCCUUAGCCAUAUCCACCACACCUGCUGUGUUGCCCACCCUGGACAUCCAGCCUGUGGGCACCCCGUUUGAAGAGCUGCCCUCUGAGAGUCCCACCCCAGAGCCAGCCACCAGUCCCCCAGUGGUGACAGAGGUCCUGGAAGAAGAGCCCAGCCAGAGAGCCACCACCAUCUCCACUCCCACGGCAACCACAGCUGCCACAACCACAGGAGCCCUGCCCGUGGUGACUGUGCCUGCCACAGCAGCUGCUGCCACCCCCAGCAUCCCUGCAGCACCCCCUUCAGUGGCCACCACCUCUGUCAUAAGGACCACCGGCGUUCGGAGGCUUCUGCCUCUCCCCCUCACCACGGCUGCCAGGGCCCUACCUGCCACCCCUGCAGUGCCCUCCCCACCCACCACAGUGGCUGCCCUGGACACGGAGGCUGCCACCCCCAGGCUGGUUAGCACAGCUACCUCCCAGCCCAGGGCUCUUCCCAGGCCAGCUACCACCCAGGAGCCUGACAUCCCUGAGAAGAGCACCCUGCCCCUGGGGACCACUGCCCCUGGACCCACAGAAGUGGCUCAGACUCCAACUCCAGAGUCUUUCCUGACCACCGUUCGAGAUGAGCCAGAGGUUCCAGUGAGUGGGGGGCCCAGCGGGGACUUUGAGCUGCCAGAGGAAGAGACCACACAGCCAGACACAGCCAAUGAAGUGGUGGCUGUGGGCGGGGCUGCAGCCAGGCCAUCACCUCCUCCACCUGGGACACUGCCCAAGGGUGCCCGCCCAGGCCCUGGCCUCCUGGACAAUGCCAUCGACUCAGGGAGCUCAGCAGCCCAGCUGCCUCAGAAGAGCAUCCUGGAGCGGAAGGAGGUGCUCGUAGCUGUGAUUGUAGGUGGGGUGGUGGGCGCCCUCUUUGCAGCCUUCCUGGUCACGCUGCUCAUCUACCGCAUGAAGAAGAAGGACGAGGGCAGUUACACCCUGGAGGAGCCCAAGCAGGCGAGUGUUACUUACCAGAAACCUGACAAGCAGGAGGAGUUCUAUGCCUAGUGGAGCCUCAGUGCCUCCUGUAGCCUCAGCACUGCCCCUCUGCCCAGUCCCCCACCUGGGGCAGCCUCACCAUCCUUGGCCUGGGACUGGGCCUGAGAGGGGGCCUGGCUCCAGUUCAUCUCCGCCCAUCCUCACAUGGUCUGCCUGGACUGCCAGCUUCACACAGACCUUCCCCAAGGCACAGGGGGCGCUGCCAUCUGCUCCAGACUGUGCCCUUACGAGCUCAUCUCUUAUUGUCCCACUGCAAUGGGGCUUCAGGAGCUCAUGUCAGAUGGACAGGAGAAAGGAAGCUCCUGAUUGGCUGAUGGGGAAAAAGGUGGUGUUUGAGAUGGGCUUGAGCUUGAGCUUCAACUUCAACUUGGCCCCCACAGAACUGGCUGAAGUCUCCUUUCUGGGACAGACAGACAUUCAGACUGAUUUCCAGGAAAAGCCUUUGGCAAGUUUAGCCCUGAAAUCAAGUGACUGCAGUCUCUUCCUCCUGUCCCAGGGCUUUCUGCCUGAGUGAGAGGGCACCCUUGUCACCAGCCAGUUUUGUCCUGGCCUCUCCAGGGUUGUGAGAUCACUCCCUCCUUUCCCACCCUCAUGCACAUUCACCUCUUCCAGUCUGCUGCAGAGGAAUUGGCUUCCGAGGUCCUCUGGCAGUCACUGGUGAGGGGUGCUGCUGGGUGACUAUGCUCUCCGUCUGGUGAGUGGAUUCUGCACAGACACCGUCUCCCACAGUCACAAAGACAAAAGCACGCAAUGACAACACCACACACAAUCCUGACUUCCCAGCCAGUCAAGACAUGCCACAGACACAUUCUCCCAAAGAUGCUUCUUCCCAGGCGUUCCUCUCACAACCCCCACUCACAAAUGCUUAUAACGGUGCAAGUCACUCGUCACCAUCACUCAGUGGUGCCAUGUGGCCUGCCUCCCUUCUGUCCCUCCUUUUGUCCCCACUCUGGCACCACACAUGUUGUCUCCAGCUGUCAGGUGCACUGGGGAGGGUGGGAUGAGACCAGAACAAUCAGCCCAUAUUGGGUCCCCUGAGUUGCCCUAUCACACUCAGCCCCUUGCCACAGCACCCAUCGCUACAGACCCCAGUGUGUCAGACACAACCCCUUGUGGAUGCACAAUCUCACCCCACACAGCCCCACUCUCACACUGCAGGAGGAUGGGUGGGCACUUGAGCCCUUCCUGGCAUAAAGUGCAGUGGGGAGGGAUGUCUCCCCAAAGCCCCCUAGGGCACUGCACACCAGGUGGCAACCCUGGCCUCAACCCACCUGCAUCACUCCUCUCUGUAGACUGCAAAGGGCUUCAGGGGCCAGUCCCCCACUCACUGGGGGAAGGCAGGCUGGUUCCUGGAGUUUGUCCCUGGGAAGUGGAGGUGACUUGGAUUGCCCAAGGACAAAGGCCCCCAGUUGGGGUGAGGGCAGGUGGUGUGGCUCCUGGUCCCCCUGUUCCCCCUCUAGCCCUGAGCUAGGGGGCUGACUUUGCCUCCCAGGACACAAGUCUCCAAAGUGCCUGUGAGGGUUGGCCUUGCCGCCGGGCCCUCUGCACCCUCUCCUCUCUGCCUCACCAGGCCCACCUCAGCCCCACCCACUGGUCUUCCCUGGGCCCUUCCCCUAGAUGCCUCCCGGCUCAUUUGGCCCAACAUCCUGGCAUUUCUCCUGCCUGCAGCCACAUGGACGCACAGAUGGAAGCAGUUUAUCCUGAUGCACUGCCUCAGGUUGAAGAUUGAGUCUGAGGGGUUUGAGGGAUGGGGGAGCAGGUGUCACACACCCCCUUCUCCCCUUUCCUUGUUACCAUUGCAAGUGGGGUCACUUCUGUAGAUAUUUUAAAUGUGGGCAGAAGGGGUCAGUCACAAGCCUCCUUUGGGGGAUACUGUACUUGGUGGGGGCUUUUGGAGCCAAGGGGUAUGGUCUCAGUUGUGGUUGGCUGGUGCUCACCCUCUUAUUCCUCACCCAGAACCCCAAUUAACAGGAACCUGAGUUUUGUUUCUGUUCCCUUCUGAGACUCCCUGGUGACAAACUUCUGUGGGGUGAGAAGUGUUGGUACUGAGGCACUGAGGACAAGGCUCUAGGAGCUGCCCACAGCACCCCAUUCACCUCCACCCUGCUUCCAGGCUGGAGCUCCACCUUUCAGGCCCUGAGGGUCCCCUCAGCAGGGCUUGGAGGCUUAGAGGAACCCAAAUGGCUCCAGCCCAGCCACUGAAGUGGGGGUGGGGGGAAGUCCAGGUCUACACUCUGUUGGUGACUUGAACUGUCAUCUCUGUAGUGGGAGUGCUAGGAGAUGUGACAUGGAGGAGACCAAAGGCCUAGCUUCCUCCUGCCCUGUGCCCUGGUGGACUGCUGUUUGGGACAGCAGCUCUGGUAAGAAGGCCUGGGCAGGCCAAGGCUGAGGAACCAGGAAAGUGGGACCGGGGUGAGAGUCCCAGCAGUGCAGUCAGCCUCUGUGUGGGGCAGGAGUCCACAGUGGAGCUGGGUCCUGCAUAGGAUGGGCAGGUGGGGGUCUCAACUUGCUGGGCCCCAGUCUUGGCCUGAUUCCUCACCUCCUGAGGGCUGGAAUUGGGGGACUUUGUGUCAUGUGAAAGAAGAGGCUUGGGGGAUCAUUCAGGGGAGUAUUGGACUGAUAACAAAUGUCCAGACUUGACCCUCAUGACUUUCAACAGAGCCAGACCUUCCUGCCAGCCCCGUGGGGCAAGGCGAUCCUAGAAAGAGGUCGGAGACUAGGCAGAGCUGGUGCUCUCCUAGGUGCAAUGUGCAUGCAGGCCUGCUCAAGAGCACUCCUGAGCCCCCAGUGCUGCUGGGAGGAGGGCACGCGGCAGGGACCUGGUAUUUUAUAGAAAUAUGGCCAGUUCCAAAGGAGGAGGAGCUUGUGUAGCUUGAGAACUUCUCUGGAGUCUAGGUGGCCACAGAGACCAUCAAGCAGACUGGGGUCUAGGGAGUUGGGGGUUGCCCGCCCUCCAAGUAUGACUUCUAAAGCCCAGACUGUAUCUCACGGAGGUGGGGGGGGGCAGAAGGGGUACCUCUCCUGGAAGGUGGGUUCCCUUGAUCACUGGAGGUGAGGGGUAGUACCCAGAGCUGGGCAGGGCAGGUCUGUGGGCAGUGGCACAGGAUGCUGAGACCAGCCCUUUCUGGGCUUGGCAAAACUGUCUGUCCUGGCUGGGGCUCUGGGUGCCAGGGGAAGACCCACCUCUGCCUAUCAGGCCAGGUGUGUCUGCUGCCCCCACCCCAGCUGUCCUCCUGACAGCCACACCCUGGACUUGCCUCCUCAGACCUCCUGCCUGUAAAUAGAAGCCCACAACUGUACAGACUUAGAGAUGCUGAGGCUGGGCCAGAGUCGCCACCCAAGGGCUCACGGCCCCGGCAUCCCCUAGAUGCCCACCUGGCAGCUCAGCACACCUGGCCCCAGUGUGGUGAAUGCAUGUAAAUAUUCUUCGUAGGUGGUACGGCUCCAGAGAGCCCCCUGAAGACAGUGUCCCUUCCUUGCGUCCUUUCUCCUGUACAGAGCUUUCCAAGAACCUGGCCUGGGACAGCUGGGAGCUUAUGGGCUCCCCCAGGUCUCCCUGGCCCUCUCCCCCACCCUACUCCCCCCCAUAACCUGUUUAUUAACCACACCUGUCCUGACUUCAUGGCCAAAACUUUCAAUGAGAAAAGUGAAGGGAAGAGACUGGAAGACGAGACCAAGACUCUUGUCCCUCUGUGGGCACUUAGCCCUCCCAGCCUUGUGAAGGAACUGUUUGGGUUCUUUUGUUUGUUUGUUUCUAUUUGUUUUGUUUUUCUUUUUUUUCUAACACUCCCCGUGCUGUGCCCAUUUAUAAGAGGAAAUAAAAUCAAGCUGAAAUGA